AUGGUUAUCAAUAUACUGAUUAUUGUUUGCUACACUAUAUUUUUAUGCUUCAUAAGAAAGAUCAAGAUAAGGACUAAAGUUGUUUGUGAUAAUUCGGCGGACAAUUCCAGUUUCGUUUUAGGCAGCGAUAAAAUGAAGACGCUGUACAGAUCGUUGAUCGUGAUCAGCCUGACAGUUGUUUUUGGUUGGUUCAGUACAACCCUUAUUGGCACCAUUGCACAGGUCUUCCAUCUCAAUAUCGCCAGAGUAGAAGUGGAUUUAGCGGCAGGAGUAUUUGUAAACACAGCAUGUGCAAUCAAUUUUUUUAUCUACUAUGCUGUCAGGUGA